GGGGCUCGGCCCCGCUCCGUCCCGCGGCGCAGGGAGCCGGGCCGGUGUCAGGGCCGCCGCCCGGCCGGGCCGUAGCCCCCGCAGCCAUGGCCCGCGUCUCGGCGAUGAUCAGCCCCGUCCUGGUGCUCUUCGGCUGCGACCUGUGUUUCGUGCGAGCCAACAGGCCACCGUCCCCUGUCAAUGUGACUGUGACGCAGCUGAAGGCAAACUCUGCCACAGUGUCCUGGGAUGUGCCAGAAGGAGACGUGGUCAUCGGCUAUGCCAUUCUUCAGCAGAGGCAGGAUGGGCAGAUGCAGCGCUUCAUCCGGGAGGUGAACACCACCAACCGUGCCUGUGUGCUGUGGGACCUGGCAGAGGAUGCUGACUACAUCAUCCAGGUGCAGAGCAUUGGCCUGUACGGGGAGAGCCAGGCUAGCAAGCGUGUCCACUUCCGCACCCUGAAGGAGACUGAUCGUCUGCCUUCCAACAGCUCCAACCAAGGUGACAUCACCAUGGAAGGGCUGGACAAAGACCGGCAGCUGCAGACAGGCGAGAUUAUUAUCAUUGUGGCUGUGCUGCUCAUGUGGGCGGCGGUGAUCGCCCUGUUCUGCAGACAAUAUGAUAUCAUCAAGGAUAAUGACUCCAACAACAACAAGGAGAAGACAAAGCCGUCCUCAGAACAUAGCACGCCAGAGCGACCAAGCGGAGGGCUGCUGCGGAGCAAGCAGAUGUCAGGAGCAGAAACUUCCUGUUUGGACUUCAAGGCCCCAGUUCCCCUCCUCCAGAUUUUUCAGCUUGCUGAUUACUCCUUGCCAAAGAGAUCCCUCCUCUUGGAUCCCUACUCCAAACUGACCCUGCUCUGCUGAGAAAUCUCCCUCGGUCAAUAUCAUCGAGGUGUAAGUGCAGCACCAGUUCUGCCGUCUGGGAUCUUGGGUGUCCUGCCAGAGCCAAAGCAGGCCUUGGAAGAAGAGGCCAGCACCAGGCGCCCAGCCUGGAAUUCAGCAUGCGACGAUCCACGUAUCAGAACUCCCGCUUUCCUGAGGGUACCUGUCUGGGGAUGUGCAUGGAGCCAGCUCCCAAGCCAUGCAUGCAGAGUGUGGCCCUGCCCAUCCCACAUACCUGGCCCCCCCUCCCCUCCCAGUGCGGAGCAUGAAGUUGAGGACAGGUGGGGGCCCACACCACCGGCUAGGGUCGGGGGGAGCCAAGGGGAGCUGAGGGGCUGGUGCACUGGUCUGAGGGGAGGCCACGUCCCUGUGCGCGGGCUUGUUCAAAGCCCUGGGUGCAGCUGUGGCACUGGACCCCUGCCCAGCAUCAGGGGGCAGACCUUGCUCUCAGCUGCCUGUUUGGCCUUGGGGGUUGCUUGCAGAGAGCAGGAGCUGCUCCCCUCAGGGCCCUGGGGCUGAGGGAACAGGGCAGUGCAGGCAUUACCCCAGCACUGCCAGGAGAGCUGUGCCCAGGUGGUAGGAGGGUUUGUCUGUGGGGCUGGGCCCAGCCAGUACAGGGGAUGAGCAGAUUGCUGCUGAAGAACAGGGCUCCACUGCACCCUGUCAUGGCUGUGCAGGGGCUUCAAAUUCUCUGUCUACUGCAGAGGACAAAGACACAAGGGACAAUGAGGAGCUAGUGCUGUCACAGUGCCUGGCCAGCCCGCAGAGCCUGCAGCCGGGGCAGGGAGUGCUGGUGGGAGCCCCACAGGGCUGGGGGAGUGGGCAGUGUCAGGGCAUGGCUGUAGCUCUGCUGUGUCCCCAGUAGGGCUCAGUGCUGGCACAUUCAGGCUUGUUGAGGGCAGCUGCCAAGCACUUUUUGAGCAGCACAGUGCCUGUGCUGCCUGAAGGAGACAAUGUGGUGAGGUGUGCAAGAUCUCACUUGGAGGGAAUAGGGUGAAACAAGGAGGCUCCCUGCUGCCCUGGCUGCUGCUCUCCCUCCAUGCUCUGCUCUGCAGCCUGCCACAUACAGGCUCUGCAGCCCUGGACUCAAGCAUCACAGGAUCCAGCGUCUUCCAGGAAUAAAUCUCCCAGUAAAAGCACUUUCAGGACUUUUCCUUCCAGGUGCUGCUCAGCUCCUGCUGCAGGACUAGGCGGGGAACGGACAGGAUAAGCAACUCCUGUGGCAGGGUCUUUUCAAUAAAAGUAUCCUGGCUCAAAGGCAGCAUCAGA